UCGCCCCCUCCGCUCCCCACGCCCUCCCUCAGCCCCGGGCCCGGCGCUCCCCGCCCGGUGCCGGUCCGGGUCCGGUGCCGGGUCCGGGCCCGGGCUCGGGCUCGGCGCAGCGCGGCUCGGUCCGGUUCGGCCCGGCCCGCCACAGGGAGGAUGGGGCAGCCGCGGCGGCCGGUGAUCGGCAGCGGCCCGGCGGCGCCAUGACCGGCGAGAAGAAGAAGAAGAAGCGGCUCAACCGCAGCGUCCUGCUGGCCAAGAAGAUCGUGAUCCGGGACGGGGCCGGCCGACAGGGGAUCGGGGAGCCCAGCGUGUACCACGCCGUGGUGGUGAUUUUCCUGGAGUUCUUUGCCUGGGGCCUGCUGACCACGCCGAUGUUGACGGUCUUACACCAGACUUUUCCUCAGCACACAUUCCUGAUGAAUGGUCUAAUUCAUGGAGUCAAAGGUUUGCUCUCUUUCCUAAGUGCCCCACUGAUUGGUGCUCUCUCCGAUGUCUGGGGCAGGAAAUCCUUCCUCCUUCUCACCGUCUUCUUCACGUGUGCACCAAUUCCCCUGAUGAAGAUCAGCCCGUGGUGGUACUUUGCUGUCAUUUCCAUGUCUGGAGUGUUUGCUGUCACCUUUUCUGUGAUUUUUGCCUACGUUGCUGAUAUCACCCAGGAGCAUGAGCGCAGCACGGCGUACGGCCUGGUGUCAGCCACGUUUGCUGCCAGCCUGGUCACCAGCCCGGCCAUCGGCGCGUACCUUUCCCAAGCCUACGGUGAUACCUUGGUGGUUGUGCUGGCUUCAGGGGUUGCUUUGCUGGAUAUUGGCUUCAUCCUGCUGGCUGUGCCUGAGUCACUGCCUGAAGAGAUGCGCCCAGUCUCCUGGGGAGCCCCAAUCUCCUGGGAACAAGCUGACCCAUUUGCUUCCUUGCGGAAGGUGGGUCAGGACUCCACAGUGCUGCUCAUCUGCAUCACGGUCUUUCUCUCCUACCUUCCCGAGGCCGGCCAGUACUCCAGCUUCUUCCUCUACCUGCGACAGGUUAUUGGUUUUUCCUCAGAGACUGUAGCAGCCUUUAUUGGUGUAGUUGGAAUUCUCUCUAUACUGGCUCAGACAGUCGUGUUGGGAAUUCUCAUGCGUUCAAUAGGAAAUAAAAACACCAUUCUCCUGGGACUAGGCUUCCAGAUCCUGCAGCUUGCCUGGUAUGGCUUUGGAUCACAGCCUUGGAUGAUGUGGGCAGCAGGAGCUGUGGCUGCCAUGUCCAGCAUCACCUUCCCAGCCAUCAGUGCCAUGGUAUCAAGGAACACAGACCCUGACCAGCAGGGUGUGGUGCAGGGGAUGAUCACUGGAAUUCGGGGUCUGUGUAAUGGCCUGGGGCCGGCGCUCUAUGGUUUUGUCUUCUAUCUCUUCCACGUGGAGUUGAACGAAAUGGCUGAGGUGGAAACUUUGGGCAAGGCCUCCAAACCCAACAUGGCAAACCCUACAGAUGAGAGCAGCAUCAUCCCUGGGCCACCUUUCCUGUUCGGGGCGUGCUCCGUGCUGCUGUCACUGCUGGUGGCCCUGUUCAUUCCAGAACACAACCUGACACUGAGGUCAGGCAGCCACAAGAAGCACAGUACAGGGGCCCAGGCUCACCCCCACAGCCCACCAGCUGGGGGGUCUGAUGGCAAGGAGCCUCUGCUGGAGGACAGCAGUGUGUGAGGUGGGACAGGGGACCUGCCUUGUGGCUCGACUCCACAUCAAGGACAGACUCAGCAGGAGCUCGGGGAGGGGGAGAGAGGGAUCCGAGGUAACAGACUGUGCCACUAACAACUACUGAGGAGGGAUGAGGUUUCCCUUCGAGCCAAAUACACCCAGCUGGUGCAAAAAUGGAAUUGUAUCACCUGGUGCUGAUGGAAAGGGGAGAUAAGGAACUGCUCCACUGGAGGGAUAGUCCUGGAAAGCAAACCUGCCCUUGUGCGUGACCCCUGUGUGCUCUGCCAAACCCUCUGCUCUCCAGUCACAAGGGAUGGAGCCAGCGUGGGCUGUUUGGGAGCUCACUGAGCUGCCCCUGGAAUAAAAGAUGGCAUUUGCUCCAUGCCCCAUCCCUGAAAGAGCUGGUUCCUGCUGCUGGCCACUGGCACCCAUGCAUGCUGCGUGCUGAGGGGAUGGGGUGCAUGUGUGAAGCACAGGGAGUGGAGAUCUGAGCUUCCUCUCUGCUGGAGGGCCUCAGGAAUUUGCUCAUUAGUGAAACUUAGACCAAAAAAACAUUAAUCUAUUAACUUAAUGUCAUGAAAAGGAUAAAAAUGAAGAAGUUGGCAGCUGACACAAGGGAGAAUGGGCAGGUGAGAAAAGGGUAACUACAUGAAUUGCAAACUCUUGGAUGGCCACAGCAGCUGUGGUUCUGUUUGGUUUACUUUUUCUUGUCACUCUGAGGUGGCAUUUGCCUGUUGCCGCCACGGGCAGUAGGUAGAAGGAUCUUUUCAGAAAUGUUUUUCUGGAGCUGUGAGGGUUGUUUAAGAGACACAGUUCUCUGACAAGUUGGAGAAACAACUUGGCUGUGCUGAACACUUUGGACAUGUGUGGUUUCCUGAGUGAAAGGUCAGAGAAAUGACUGUUUACCUUGUGUAAAGCACGUUGGAGCCCCUGGGCUCCUGCCAUCUGAUGCUAAACCCAAAGUGUCCAGAGCAGGUUUGUUCUCAACCCAAUAGAUCCUGAUGGUGAAGGUUGUGUUGAUUUGGACUUAGGGGUUUGGAUUCCAUGUGGUAUUUUUGAGCCUGCUGUGAAGGCUUUUGUUUAUGAAACAGUGGAACUGCAACCUCUGCUGCAGGCUGAACUGUGCUCAGAAAGAGCAGGAGGUGCCUGGAGCAUUGUGAAAGGAGCUGAGGCAAACAGGGAAUGUGUGGUUGUUUAUAGAAAUGUGGCAGAGGGCAGGAAAGAAUUGUUCUCCUUUGAGUAGAUAAGUGGUGGCAUUGAGCAGUUCUGGGAAGUAAGGACCAAAUUGAGGACACUUCAGGAAUCCUUUGUUAAAGAAAUUGAGGGUGCAGCAGUCAAACCAGUCUUGCCUUGGCUGUUCUCUGGCUGGGGCCCCCUCUCUGUGGGUUUGGGGAAGGUUACCCAGGGGAGAGCAACCAAAAGGGAGGCAGUGCUGGCCCUUUAUAUUGUGGAUCUUUGCAGACACAAAGCAGCUACUGCAAAUGCCAUUUGGUUAUCAGAGGUGGGUGUUUAAGUGAAAGAGUUGACAGUGUUUUGCAUUGAUCUGGCCUGGUGGCAGCUCCUGUGCUCAGAACUAGGAGCAGCUGGGACACAGAGGGAUGCUGAGGUGGGUCUGGCUGCAGGUCUGGGAAGCAGAGCCAGCAGGAACUUCCUUGACCUGCUGUGACUCCAUUUUUCCCAAGCUCCUUGUGGUGACACUCCCAAUUCCCAAACAUUAAUGGGAUGGUCAGUACUGUGUAUGCAUGGCAAGCUUUUAUCCUGAAGGAAAUCCUGUCACUUGCACUUCCAGGCAGCAGUUCCCCCACCUCUGUGUUCCUCACAAAAAUGCCUUUUUUAGAUGGGACUUUUGCUGAGUCCCAGCAGUCCCAUUGAUCUACAAUGGAUUAAAGUGAGCUGAAGUAGGCUUUUCCCUCACACACAGAUGAAGUAAAACAUGGAAUCAUUACCUCGCUCACACGGAGGCACUCGGAGCUUCACGGGUACAAUAUAGUGACACGUUACAAAAAAAUGAGCAUAAUUUAUAUGAUAUAAAGUAUAUAGAGAUAUAUUUUUAAAACUCCUCUCCCUUAUUGCAUAGUUUAUUGAAACCAAUGUGUUUCUAAUCCUGUUCCCUCUCACCACUGCUGCUGCCUGUUGCCUCUUAGCCUCUCCUUCCCCUUAGACCCCAGAACUGUCCAGCAAUCUUCCCUCCCUGGUCAUGUCCCUCAGGAUGUGAUCUCUGAGCUUCUGGUCAUGCUGACUUGUACAUUGUGGGCCUGGAGUGUUUUGGACCCUUUGUCAGCCCCUAAACUCAGGGCCAGGUGCUGCCAGCAGGUGACUGCCAGGUCAGGGGCUGUGGUCUGGUUGGUGACCAGCUGUGCUGUCAUUGCUGAUGGCACUGGGCACAAGUGGGGUUACAGCACUGGUCAGCAAGGGUGGGGAUAUGGCAGUGACUGGAUGGAAGGGGGGUACAGCACCAGGCAGCAGCAGGACCUCUACAGGUGCCAUUACCAACAGAAAGGUGGCUUGUGGUGGUGUGCAGACCUGGGAGCAGGGGCUCUCUGAGGUGCAGUGUUGCUGGGAGUAAGCAGGGAUUCCUUCCCACCUUGUUGGGGUUCCUCUUACCUGGUUUGGUGGGGCCUUGGCCCAGUGCCUCCCCUUCCCUUGGUGCAGGGCUGUGAGCCCUGCACUGUUCUGCCUUGACGUGACAGAGCAGGAGCUGGGCCAGGCAGUGCUGGAGCCAGAGUUGCCAGAGCCAAAUGAAGAACGACUUGUUCUGAAGGGCCGGUGCUUCUGUAGCAUCCCACGUGGAGGCUGGAAAGGCUGUGUGGAGCAUUCAGCUAAUUUUGCCAAUUCUUGUUACUUUAUAUAAAAAAGCAACUUUUUAAAAAGGAGUCUUUUCUUAAAAUCCACUUGAUCUGCUGUGCAGUGCCUGAGCCUGGCUGUUUAACAUUGGGAUUCCCAGGAUUUGUCUGCAGGGACUUAAAAUCUGGGAUGGUAACAGCAAUGCCCAAACACAAGGCAAAAAUCAUCUCAGUCACCUGGCAGCGGUCCUGACAGGUCAAGUGAGUUUCAACUGCUCUUGUUGCAUUAAAAACCCGAGUUAGACCAUUGCUUUCUCUUCUGCCAUUAAUUUUGCCAAGUAGUAACUUUUUACUUCCCUGCUGUUAUUCUUUUUCUGCACUCCAAAGGCUGUUGACAGCUGUGGUAUCUUUAAGCGUGGGCACUCAGCCCCACCUCUGCUCUCUCACAGUUCACACCAUCAUGUGCGUUUGUGUGUCUCUUUUUUAAGCUAACGAUAAAAUGUAAUUAUUUUGGUUCAGGUUGUGUUUGGAACUGGCUAAUCUCUCCCUCUGAUGGAUUAUUUAUUAAACUGCUGCUUUCCUGUUGUGUCGAA